CUUAUUUUCACGUUUUUCAAAAGAAACAAAAAAGAUUUUAAAUUUGUAACAAAGUCUAUUCACCCCCCCCUCUAGACUUUGUAUCUCACCACUUUGGGACCACCAAUUGGUAUCGGAGCAAACUUCUCACUAUCUACGUUUAGAUUAACGAGAAGCGAUCAAAAUGGUGAACAAUAUGGAUCACGGUUUGCCCAAGUUUUCUCUUCUAGGUUAUGAUGAUUGGAAGAUCAUGAUGGAAGCACACCUCUACGCUCUACAUGAUUGCAUGUGGAUGGUGCUUGAGGAUGGACCCUUGAAAAUCCAAAUGGAGAAUCCUGAGAGGAAUCCAGCAACUCCAGACGUAGUCCAGUACAUUCCAAAGCCCAAGGAAAAAUGGGAUGAUAGAGAUUGCAAAAAGCACAAUCUGGACAACGUCGCCAAAGCAGCCAUCUUCAAGACACUUGAUCCCAUCACCUUCUCCAAAAUCAAGCAUCUCAAGACUGCCAUGGAGAUAUGGCAAGGUCUUGGGAAGCUAUGUGAGGGAUCAGAGGACUUGAGAAAGCAGAAGGUAGAAGUCCUGCUUGAGAAGUUUAAAAGCUUCAAAAUGCUUCCCGGAGAAUCAUUCGAUAUGUUGGAUGAAAGAUUCCACAAAAUCUUGAAUGAUCUUGCCUCACUUAACCACGUUCUUUCUCCCAAAGAAAAGAAUACAUGCAAGGAGCAGAGAACUUUAGAACAGCAUAAAACUCUUUUACAAAGAGAGAGGGUUCAUAGUAAUUUCACUAAUGCUGUGAACAAGUUAGGAGAAGGUGGAUAUAGUGCGUUUACUCCCACGCGUGAUAAUGCAUGUACUGAGCGGAGAGCUGUAGAAAAACAGAAGACGCUUAGAAAUCCUAGUGUUUUCGUCGAUACGACCAAGGAAGACGGUAAUUAUACUACUUGUACUCCUACGCCUCCCAAUGCAUCCGCUCAAGAAAGAGCUACAGAAAAGAUUUAUUCCAUUGGUACAAACAAGCCAACCCAGACAUGCAAGGAGCAGAGAACUUUAGAACAGCAUAAAACUCUUUUACAAAGAGAGAGGGUUCAUAGUAAUUUCACUAAUGCUGUGAACAAGUUAGGAGAAGGUGGAUAUAGUGUGUUUACUCCCACACGUGAUAAUGCAUUUAGUGAGCGGAGAGCUGUAGAAAAACAGAAGACGCUUGGAAAUGCAUGGUUUCUCUGGCUUGGGUGCGUCUUUAGGUGUUGCUUUACCCAACGGUUCACCCUUGCUUUCGCCCCUUUGCUUAGCCUCCCGAACUGGCGCCUUAGACGCUGCCAAUGGCGUGGGAGUGGGUGCUGUUUGGGCUCCGGCAUCUCCAGGUGUAGCAUUCUGAUCAGUCAAGGACGGCUGUUCAAAUCUGGUGGUCUGGGCUACUGCCUUAGUCACGGCAGGAAGUUUGCCCUGACCCUUCUUUUUCCGGCUGGUUUCAGGAACACCCUCUGCCACAACUGUCACGGGAAUGGCAGUGGGUUUAUUGUGGGCUGUCUCCUUACUCCCACCAUCAAGAUCUGCCCCGUCCGAGAGAGGAGAAGUGGUCGCUGCCACUGGUUUUGGCAAGACAGCAACACUGUCAACGGCCUCACUGUCAUCACCGGUAUAACUGAUUUUCAUGACUAGAUAAAGACAGUUUUUUUUACACUUCUGAGUGGUAAAGAAUGGGGAGGCUGCUAGUUUAUGUAAGAAUAAGGCAGAUCAGAAAUUGUUAAAAAUUGUCCUUCGUGACAAGUUGGAGGAAACAACACAUGUGCAAUGUCAAUCAAAGAAGGAUAAUAGCACGAAAAAGGGGCAAUAAGUGGUGGUUCAAGCUUGAAGAGUUGGUGUCAACCUAGCUCUACAAAUCUUUUUGCACACAUUAAUUUGUUUCUUCUCUUCAAUUUCGAUACAUUUGGAUAUAUUUAUAACUCAUGUUUUUAGACACAAAAUGUUGGAUGAUCGACUUAUUGUUAGAUCUUAGUAUUUGAAUUCUAAUAUACUUUUUGUUUUUGG